AAAAAGUAAUGGUUUUUUGAUGAGUGUGAAGUGGGAGACAAUAAAUAAUCUCCCCCGUGUUUUAACGCUUCUUUCCGUCUUCUCCUUCUCCUUCUCUUCUUCCUCCCCCCACCCACAUGUCUGCUUCUGGAACUUCGUUUCCGGACCCCGACUGGCCCCGUCAAGGUUCCACCCGACCCGACUUACCUUCUCCCCACCACUUCCCUCCCGACCCUCUCCUCUCCUCUGGCUCCUUCAUCGACUCCUCCACCGCCCGAUGCGGAACCCUACCUUCUUCUCCCGACUACGCCCGAGAUCUUGACGGGACUCAUCGCAAGAAGCCUGACACCUCCGCCACUCUCCGAUCUCCAUUGCCUGCUGACCCUCUCAACCCUAAGAAGCUUCCUCCCGAUUCUCCUACUCCAGGAAAUGGAGAUUCUUCGGCACCUAAGAAGGUGUCCGCCUCCAGAGGAACCGACGCCUCCCCCAAAUCCGCCUUAUCGGAAAGGCCUAAUUGGCUCCCACCGGGCUGGGUGGUGGAAGAUAGAGUUCGCGCCUCCGGUGCUACAGCUGGAACGGUUGAUAAGUACUACUUUGACCCAAACUCAGGUCGUCGCUUCCGGUCUAAGAUUGAAGUUCUUUACUUUCUCGAAACAGGAACGUUAAGGAAACGGAAGAAAUCUUUAGACGGCAAUUCUGCUGAUGGCUCCGAAGAACCAAAGAGCAAGAAAUCUUCAAGCAAUGCUAAAUCUGCUCCUCUAAACUUCGAUUUCUUCAAUGUGCCUGAAAAGGUUGAGUGGGUUCUCACAGACCCUUCUCAGGAGGUCUGGACGCCGUUUAUUAACAACGAGAAAGUACCUGAAUCGACUAAACGUGAAUGGGUAGCAGCCUUUCAACUCCUCGGGCGAUCGAAAGUCUGAAGGUUGAAGGGAAGUUGAACCCUUUUGGACAUUUUUUUUGGGAACAGCCAUCCAGGCAAGAACCAUCAUCCCUUCCUCCCUCCCUCUAAUGGCUUCCCAUCUGCAAUUCUUUUGGUCUUUUUUUUUGGAAGGAGCAGGUGAGGUUGAGGGAAGUGUUGUGAAAUCCAGAUUUGGUUAGUAAAGAUUACUGCAAAAAAGAGAAAAAAAAAAAGAGAAAAAAAAAAACAAAAAUCAUGACUCUCUAUCUAACUGACUUAUGCCUUGGACCGUGGAAGAAGUGUUGGAUCAAAUUAUGUAGGUGGGAGCUGCUGCUCAUUUCACAUUCUGAAUCCAAUGUGCUUGAAUGAGUAUCUCUAUUUUGAAUGGUGUCUGUAUUUUUUUGUCUUGUGUUUGAUUCAGAAUUGAUAUUUUUGUGGUAAUAAUAUUGAUGUUGCAUGGGAUA